AUGGAGAAAAGAAAUGUAACAGUCAUCAGGAAAUUUGUCCUUCUGGGAUUACCUAUCUCAACAGAGCAACAGCAUAUUCUGGCCGUGCUCUUUCUCUGUAUGUACUUGGUCACCAUGUUGGGAAACACGUUCAUCAUUCUGGCCAUUGGCUUUGACUCUCGCCUCCAUUCCCCCAUGUACUUCUUCCUUAGCAACCUGGCCUUUGUUGACACAUGUUUUACUUCUACUACAGUCCCCAAAUUGCUAGUGAGCAUCUUGACUGACAUCCAGACUAUCUCUUUUGUAGGCUGCUUUGCUCAACUCUUCUUCAUUUCCUUUGUGAAUAUGGACAGCCUCCUUCUCUGUGUGAUGGCAUAUGAUAGGUAUGUGGCCAUUUGCCACCCUUUGCAUUAUACAGCCAAAAUGAGUCCUCGUGUUUGCAUUUGGCUGGUGGUUGUGCUCUGGAUUGUCACCUAUUCCCAUGCCCUCCUACAGACGGUCCUAAUGGCACUUCUGAACUUCUGUGACUCCAAUGUCAUCCAUCACUUCUUUUGUGAUCUCAACCCUCUUCUACAGCUCUCUUGUUCUGAUGUGUCCAUGAACCUGGUGAUCAUUCAUGUAGUAGGAGGUCUGCUGGCCAUCACACCCCUUAUCUGUAUCCUCAUAUCAUAUGUACUUAUCUUCUCCACUAUUCUGAAAGUCACUUCUUCUCAGGGGAAACAAAAAGCCUUUUCCACCUGUGGCUGCCACCUGUCAGUGGUGGUGUUGUUUUACGGGACAGCCAUCGGUGUCUACUUCAGUCCCUCCUCCCCCCACACUCCUGAGACAGAUACCCUGUCAGCUGUCAUGUACACAGUGGUGACUCCCAUGUUGAAUCCUUUUAUUUAUAGUCUAAGGAACAGGGAUAUGAAGACAGCACUUCAGAAAAUGCUUUGUAAGUGA